GGGAGAGGGGAAAUUCAGGGUGCUGUGUGAGCUCAUCUAGGGCUUGGGGAAGAGGCCAGAGAAGGCCUCCUGGAGGAAGUUCUUUCUAAGCUGAAUCCCCAAGGGUGGAUAAGAGGUGAAAGUCCUCCAAGGCACCACUCCCCUCCAAAAUCUCUCAUCCAAGACUGCCAUGGUCAUCCAUUCCACUGGCUCCCCACUGACUGAGGAAUGGGGAACUAACCCAGAGGGAAUGUCUGUGGGGGCUUCUGGUCUGCUCCCUUGCUACAGCAGAGAUACAGAGAGUAGAAAGUGCCUUCCUGUCCUUGGACAUUGGCAUGUAUGGAUGUCAGUCCUAGAACUGAUAUGGCCGAAAAGGAGAGCUCCAACAGAUGAUCCUGGGUGGCAAACUGGUGGGUCACAGAUUAUACCUGGCCUGGGCCCACCCUUCCUCUUCACUCUGUUUUGUGAGUUGGCAAAUUACCUCUCUGCUUAGGUCUCAUUCCUCUUCACUCAUUGUCUAAAGCUGACUGCCUGAUACAGUGACUGUUGUGGAUUUUAUUUGAGGGAGCAAUAUAGUUUCCGAUGAUUAAAACUGCCAGUGCCUCUGUGGGACACACUGGAGGAAGGCGGGGCCCAGGCCAUGCUGGGAACCCUAGAGAAAAGAAUGUAAGUGUCACAUUAGCAUUCUCUGGCCAGCCCAGGAGCCUUUCUUUCUCCGCCCCAUUCUUCUGGGCCUCACCAGAAUGCUGGCCAUUGCAUGGUGGUUUGCCCCAUCUGGGAGCCAUAAACACACCUCGCCUUCUAUUGUGUGGAUCCAUCCAGUUCAGCUCCAGCUCUUUCCUCAGUAGUUUGGGGCUGCUUCUGCUUUGGUGGAUGCCCCAGGACAGUGCCCAGAGGGUGUGACUUUUUAUUGCUCCUGCGUGGCUUGGAAGUCCUCCAUGAAUUGGUCCCAUCUGCUCUGUUCAAACCCAUCUCCCCAUUCUCCAGACUACUCCCCAGCUCUCUCUCACACUCCAGAUUCCAGUGUGGGCCCUGCCACCGACAUCUUUCUCCCCGUAGGCCUGUGAUUCCCCAUUUGUAAAAUGAGACCAAAUGAGAUAAUGGAUGUGGAACUCCCAGCCCACGUUUCCUGGCACGUGGAAGACGCUAAGUCAACAGAGGCUGUUUUCUGUCAAGCAUCUUGUCAUCCACCUGGCACUUGAUAGUAUGGCAGCUCGGUAAAUGUUUCUUGAGUUGGACUUCAGGAAGAUGUGGUAUGUUGUGGGUACACGAGUCAAGGUUCUCCGGAGAAACCAAACCAAUAGGACGUCCAUGUGCCUGUGCAUCUGUGUGUAUCUAUAACCAUCUGCACAUGGAUAGAUGGGUUUUAAGGAGUCGGCUCCCCGGGAUCUUGAGUACUGGCAAGUCUGAAAUCCAGAGGGCAGAUGACACCACUGGACUUUCACAUGACAGUUGCAGUCUUGAGGCUGAAAUCUGCAGGCAGGCUAGCAAACUGAGAACUCGGGCAGAGCGUCUGUGGUCUUCAGGCUGAGUUGCUUCUGCCUUGGGAAGCCUCAGUCUCUGCUCUUGCGGCCUUCAGCUCAUUGGCUGAAGGCCACUCACGUGAUGGGGGCAGUGGACUGUAAUUAAAGUCUAGUGACUGUGCAAGUUCAUUACCCCCACAAAUACCUUCACAACAACACCUAGAUGAAUGUUUGAGCAACUGGGCACCGUAGCCUAGCCGAACUGACAAGUAAGAUUCACCAGAGCCGUGGGCAAAGAGGUUGCUGAGGGACAUCACCUGCCGAACUGAGCUCAGACCAGUAAACUUGGUGGGUUCAUUCGUGUCCAGUGGUCCUUGCCUUCUCUUCAGAAGCUGGGUGUGAAGAUGAAGUAAAUCCAGAACCAUGGUGCUUGCAGCAGACAUUUGAUAUGAGAUCUUUAUCCCUCUGGGACAAGGGACUGUGGAAAAAAGGAAAAGGAAUAAGAUAAUGAAGGAUGGGAAGUCACAGUGAUUGACUCGGCUUCUCCCCUCCCCCCAAAUAGGGGACUUCUCUAGGCCCCCGUGCCUUUGAUGGCUCUGGAGAAGAUCACGAGGACCUUCUUGUGGUGUGGUUUGGAGAUAGGACAGUGAAAUAGUUCACGGGAACCGUGUGGGGAGAGAGGGAGAGCAAAGGGUGAUUAAGACACAGGUCAGUUGUGAAUUGAUGUUUCCAAAGGCUUGGUUUUUCUACACAAAAAGGUGUUCGUGAGAAUGAUUUUCUUUCUGCGAGAAUCGCCUUUCCAUAUGAGGAAAUAUGAUCCUGAGGGAGUCCCUGUGACAUGUGAAAAAUCAGUUGGGGAGGUAAUGGGGCUAAGAUCAGUUUCCAGAUGUUUCACACAUAAGCGUUUAUUUGGGAGGGCGAUGGCCCAGAGGGUGUAACUGGACUAACUCCUGAGAAACAACAGCUUUCACUUACUGACGUGUUAAGGGAGACUCUCUCUGGGACCUCUGUCUGUGUUUGUAGGUCAGAUGAUUUGAAACAUUUCUAAUAUUGUUCUGUGUUUCCUGCUCUGAUGCUUGGUUAAUACAAAUUGCCAAUUGCCAGUAUGCUCUGAAGAAAACCGGUGGAUUCUUGGUUUCCAAGUUGGCUAGAAGGACAGAGCCUGGGUUGCUGCCCUGAAGCUUCAAUCUGGCAUUGCAUGUGAAGCGUUUUUAGACUCCUUCAGGACAUGUGUAUUGAGAAAAUAUAGAGAGAUGUCCUUGUGGCAAAGUCUGCCAUUUGGGUUUUUCAACUACCACCCAGUAAGACCAACAUUUUUGUUUUCUUUUGAGUACGGUUCUGCAGGCUUUAUCCCAUGUGUAGCUGCUCGUAGCCACCACCACGAUCAGGACCGUGUACUCGCCCUUUGCCCCCACAACACUCCUUGUUGCUGCCCCUUUGCAGACACACCUCCCCACCCCUAAUCCCUGGUAAAAACAAAUCUGUUCCCCUGACCUGCAGUGGUGUGUUUUAGAGAGGGUCAUGGAUCUGAAACCAGGAAGCCUGUGGCCUUCCAAUAUGGGCCUCCUUCUUUUAGCAUAAUGCAACAUCUUGGUGAAUCUCAGAGCAAUACUCUAUUCCUUUCGAAUGCUGAGCAGCUUGUCAUUGUGUGGACACCACAGUUUGUUUAUCCUUUCAUCUGAGGAAAGAGCUGCUGCAAACAUUCGUGUGCUGGCUUUUGUGGGAACCCAGGUUUUUCCUGGUCCAGGGUAGAGGCAGGCAUGGGAGUCCUCGGUCCUCAGGGGAACACAAGUUUAGCUUAGGAGAAAGCAUCACUCUAGAUUCAGAGUGGUUGUAGUCUUUUGCCUUCUCGCCAGCAAAGUGUGAGGGUUCCAUUUGUUCAGUCUGUCCUCCGGCCCUCGGUACUUCCAGUGCUUCUCGUUUAACCAUCGUAGUACUGUGUAAGGGGAUACUGUCAUCACGGGUUUAAUGUUCAGGUCCCUGAUGGUUAAUGAUGUUGAACAUUGUUUAACGUGCUCACAUGCAAGUCUUUGGGGUUUUUUGUUUUCUUAGCAGUAAGUUUUGCAAACGCUUUCUUUCUAUGCUCUGGAUAUAAGACUUUGUCAGAUCUGUGAUCCUUAUGCAUAGCUCUGCUUUUCAUCGUCUCGACACACUGUCUUUUUCCAAGCCAAAGCUGGUUGAAAUUUUUAUUCCUUCCUUUGUUUUAGAGACAGGGUCUCUGUGUAUUGCCCGGGCUGGUCUGAAACUGGUGAGCUCGAGUGAUCCUCCCUCCCUCGGCCUCCCCAGUAGCUGGAACUACAGGUGUGUGCCGUCGUUCCUGGCUUCAGUUUUACAUUUUGAUGGAGUCUGUUUAAUCAGUUUUCUUUCUUUCGUGGAUCGUGCUUUUGCUGUCGCGUUCAAGACUUACUCUUUCCUGUCCUCUGGCUCCAGAGAUGUUCUCCUGUGUUGUCUACUGAGAGGCUCACCAGUGGACUUUUCACUUUUAGAUGUCUGAACCAUUUUCAGUUAGCCGUGUAUAAAAAUGGUGGGGUCGAGGUUGGUAUCCUGGCACGCGGAUAUGCAACACUUUCAAUGGAAAGAUUCUCCCUUCUCUUGAAUUCACCUUCGCAUUUCUAUCAGAACUCAUAUUUUCAUGGGUGUGUUUACGGACUCUGUAUUUUCUUCCGUUAAUCUACCUGUCUACUCCUUUCCAAGAUGGCAGUCUUGAUUACUGCAACUUUGGCAAGACCUCCCCAAAUUCAUCCUUGUUUUUGAAAAUUUGGACGUUCCAGGUGAAGCGCAGAAUCAGACUGUGUAUGUACACAGAACUCCUGCUAGGAUCUCGAUGGGAAUUGCAUUAGUUUUACAGAACAACUUGGGGAUAAUUAACUAUUUUACCACAUGGACUCUUCCACGUCAUGGACACAUUGUUUCUCUCCAUCGAAUUAGGUCCUCUUUGAUUUCUUUCAUUAGGAUCUUAAGGUGUUCCGCAGGCACUUCCUGUAAAUUUUUUGUUGUUAUCGUUGGUUUCGUACGUACCUAUUCCCUUGCGUGUUGCUUUUCAGUUUCAGUUUGUGACGCUCACGGUGGUUUUCCAUGUGUUGACCUUGUCUCUUUCAUCAUUGCUAAAUGCACUUAUUAGUUCUAGGGGUUUGAGCAGAGAUACGUUGGGGUGUUCCACGUGGCAUACACGGUCAUGAGAUCUACGCCAAGGGGCAAUUUGAUUUCUUCCUUUCUCAUUUGUGUGCUGCUCCCUUUCCUGACAUCAUUGCCCUGUCUGGGACUUCCAGGGUGACACCAAACAGUCGUGGUGAGAGUCACCACCCUGACCUUGUUCUCAGCCUUACAGAGAAAGCAUUCCAUUUCUUGACCUUGCAGGUUUGGGGGCACAUACCCUUUAGCAGGUUCAGGAAGUGGUCUUCCAUUCCCUGUGUGUCAGAGGAUUUCAUAUCAUCAGUGGAUUUUGUGUCUUGUCAAAUGGCUUUCCUUCGUACCUUCAUAUCAUGCUGUCAUUUGUCUUCUUUGCCUGACCUCAACCUCUGUGGGAUUAUGUUGAUUUUGGGCGAGAGAAAGCACCACCUUUGCAUUCCCGGUAUGAAACCCACUUGGUUGUGGUUUGUGAUUCUUUUCACAUACUGCUGGGUUGGAGCUCUUGUGUAUUUUGUUGAGGAAUUUUGGGCUUUUGCUGAUAAAGCACCAGUCUGAAGUUUUCCAGGUAUCAGUACAGUACUACCUUCAUGGCAUCGCUUGCAAGUGUUCCCUCUGCUCUGAUUUCUGGAAGAGAUUGUGUACAAUUGGUGUGAUGUCUUCAUUGAAUGUUUGUUAGAAUUGGCCAGGAAGACUCUCUGGGCCUGGAGAUUGUUUUGCAAAGCCUUUCUUCCUUCCUUCCUUCCUUCCUUCCUUCCUUUCCUUCCUUCCUUUCCUUCCUUCCUUUCCUUCCUUCCUUCCUUUCCUUCCUUCCUUUCCUUCCUUCCUUUCCUUCCUUCCUUUCUUUCUUUCUUCUACCAGUUCAGUUUCUGUAAACGAUAGAGGACUGUCUACGCUACUUCAUCCUGGGUGAAUUUUGGUGGCUUACAAUUUUCCAGCAACUGGUCCAUUUCAACUAAGGUGUAGCAUUUAUUUUCAUGGUGCUGACUGCAGUCUGACCAUGUUGUUCUUUUUGUUCUCCGAGUCUGUAGUGAAAUCUCUUCUACCAUCCCUGCUAUUUAUACCUUCUUUCCUCCCUCUUUUGCCCUUCCUGCUAAAGAUGUAUCAAUUGAUCAUUUCAAACAACCAGUUUUCCAUUUAAUGGAGAUUCACCAUUCUUUUUUCUCCCCCCCUUCGCCGUCCCCCCUACCCCCCUACAUGUGUUGUUUGCAUUGUCGUGGUUUUACUUCCUGGUUUUUUAGUAGAAGAAAUUCUUAUUUACACGUAUCGGGACUUUUGAGAUGAUUUCCAUCAGUACGAGCAGCCUUUUUAACUAGAUGUAAAGCCACUGAUCGUGAAGGCAGAAAUUCCCAAGGGUGUGUUGUCACCGUGGUACAAAUAUGUACAAUUUACUGAAAGUCUACUCGAUGAAAGUAUUCGAAUGCUUAUGAGAAGAGCAUGUGUUAGUCAGGCAUUGCUUGUUCUUAUCAUCGUUCCUGAGCCUGGGUUACAAAGAAUCUGCACGGAGUUAACCUCGUUCAAUAUGUUUCUCCAUGUUACAUCACAUGCCUCAUGGAUGCAAUCAGUGGUGCCAUUUCUCAAACCUUUAUGCUAUGCCAUCAGCAUUCUAAGCUCUGGACAUGUGUUAUCUCAUGUCAUCCUCGGAGGAAGCCUAGAAGUCUGGUGUGUUCUGGCCACACGCUUCCCUCGCCACCUCUUAGCUAUUCGAAAACCUCCAGCUUCACCUUCCCGGCUAGACCCCCGGGCUGGGCGGAGCUUCUAGCUCUAACUGGACCCCCAUGGAUCCACUCCAGAAAUGGAACCCAGCGUUGGUUUCCGGAUCUUCCCAGGUGACCGCUGGGGAGAACUCGCAGGAGGGUGCGGCAGCCUCUCAGCCUUCUUCCUCGGAACAGCUAAUGAUGGGCCUCAGCGGCCUGAACCCCAGUCCUGGUCCUGGCCUCUCUGCCCCUCUGCCAGAGGGGCUGUUCCAGCAGCAGUACAGGGAGGAGAAGACCCUGCGGGAGCGGCGCUGGGAGCGGCUGGGCUUCCCUCAGAGGAAGAAAGCAUUCCUGGGUCACCUGAGACGCAGGCACCGCGAUCACAUGGCACCUUACCCAGUGGAAAGGGAGACCAGGGUCUACCCCACAGGCGACAGAGCUCAGAAUCGGUUCCGAUGUGAAUGUCGCUACUGCCAGGGCCACAGGCCGAGUAUUUCUGGGCUCUCUGGCGAGAGGAAUGGGGCCCCCAACCCUUCCUCCUGGGAAACGCUAGUGCAGGGCCUCAGCGGCUUGACCCUCAGCCUGGGCACCAACCGGUCUGGCCUUCUGCCAGAAGGGGCACAGCAGCAGCAGCAGGAGCAAGAGGAGAAGUGCCAACUGGAGAAGCAGCAGGAAAGCAAGAGAAUGUUCCAGAGGCUGCUCAAGCAGUGGUUGGAAGAAAACUGAGAGCCCCCUGCCCCCUUUCAUGGGGCGGAGACCUGAAGGGAUUCAGACAGUGCUGUGUUGCCAGCUCCUGGGGGUGGGCUCCUUCUGGGGACCAGACAGUCAGCUGUUGUCGGAGGAGUCCCAAGACUAGUUUUGUGACUGGAUGGAUUCCUAUUGGCGUGAGAUUUGACCCACUCCCAGGGAGGUCCUCCUCUUCCUGCCUGUCAUCUGUGAAGCGCUGUGGGGCACCCUGGGGCAAGGCAGACUGCACACCAGUGGACCUCACCUCAUCCCAUAUGGCUCUCAUGCCGCAUGUUGUCGCUUUCCCAGCCUGGAUCUGCGUCUUUGCUCCCUACCUUGUUGUCAGUAAGAUAUAAGAUGUCUAUGUAGUGUGAAUGCCUUGUUCAUGUCCUUGUGCUUUUGUGCCGUUUUAUCGACUGCCUCCUGGGAGCAGUGCUAGGGCUGUUUGAAAUGGCGGUGCGCAACACUGAGAUCCAGGUUCGAGAAUCUGCAGCUAAACAAAGUGUGGGAAAGGGGUGUGGCAUUGGAACUUGGUGGCUCACUAUUGUACUGUCUGUGUAAACUAUUAUGACUAUGAUAAGCUAACUGUAAGUAAAUGUUUCCCUGCUUCUUAACCAUUGAGUAGUAUUCCCUCCGCGCAGGAUUUUCUGAUGGGGUACCUCAUCGUCAAUACCAAAUAAACACGUGUAUGAAAGGAAAGUAA